GCUGCUGAUCAGAUGACAGCCGUGGUCUGAGUGUAGUGGUGCUUCACGUCAUUCAUGAGUAAAAGCACCACCUUUGGGACAGACGAGAGAAAGGCGGCAUCUGUGCGCUGCUGCCUGACGAGACGAGACGAGAUGCAGGAGUGCGCAGCGGUGCCUGCGGGGCUUUUUAUUUCUUUUGGGCUUUUGAAGAAACGCUUCUCUUCCUACGAUUUAUUAUGUUUUUUCGGCGGUCUGUGAUUCGCGAGGCUCCCCGUCCGACGCGCGCACACGCGAGGAAGCACUUUGGCGGCGCGUUUUUUGCCGUCGCUUUGGUAUUUGGUAUGAGACGCGGAUGAGCGUGGAGAGGACAGGAUGCCCGCCAGCGGCGCAGACUCCCUGAAGCCCAGCGCCUUUAUCCCAGUGUGCACGGCCGCCUGCCUCCUAGUCGGCUCUACCUCCCUGUUCUUCGUCUUCACAUGCCCGUGGCUGGCUGUGACCAUCUGCCCUGCUGUGCCGCCAUGCUGUGCCGUCCUUUUCCUUUUUGUGCUGGCCAACUUCACCAUGGCAACCUUCAUGGAUGCCGGUGUGCUCCCGAUGGCCGGCGAGGAUGAAGACAAGGACGACGAGUUCCGCGCUCCGCUGUACAAGAACGUGGACGUGAGGGGCGUCCAGGUGCGCAUGAAGUGGUGCGCGUCGUGCCACUUUUACAGGCCUCCGCGCUGCUCCCACUGCAGCGUCUGUGACCACUGCGUGGAGGACUUUGACCAUCACUGUCCCUGGGUGAACAACUGCAUCGGGAGGCGAAACUACCGCUACUUCUUUCUGUUUCUGCUGUCGCUGACGUUUCACAUGAUCGCCGUCUUCGCGUUUGGCCUCAUAUACGUCCUGCACCACAUGGACGAGUUAUGGAAGCUGCACUGCACUGUCACUCUGGUAGUGAUCAGCAUAUCCGGGCUGUUUCUUAUCCCCGUCCUGGGUCUCACCGGAUUCCACUUGUAUCUGGUAUCCAGAGGACGCACCACCAAUGAACAAGUGACGGGGAAGUUUCAAGGGGGAGUCAAUCCUUUUACUCGAGGUUGCUGUAACAACCUGGAAUAUCUGGUGUGCAGUCCUAUGUCUCCAAAGUACACAGAAAGACCCCGCAAGAAAACGGUCGUCCACGUCGAGCCUCCGUUCCUCAGGCCCGAGGUUGACAGACAGAUGCAAGUGAAAGCCAGGGACAACGGGAUAGAGAUUCAUGAUCUGCAAAAUAAACGAAACUCAGCCGGAGCUGUCGAGUUGUCAGACAUCAAACAGGCGAGAACUCCACCGCCGCUGCCUCCCAAACCAGGACAUGGCCUCCUGAAAAGUCAAGUGGAUGCAAUGGAUGAUGUGGAUCAUCACACCAAAACCAUCAUUCCUGUUUCCAUUCCCACCGUGCCACAGCUACGGCCAGUCCUAGAGGCCAUAUCCAGAGGUUCAUCGCCCAUUCCUCCAGAGCAGUUGCUUAAGGCGUCAGAGCAGCAAGGGCUCAACAAAAGUCCCGACUUCCGGCAUCAGUCAAGAGAAAGCCCUGGGAGAGGAGGCCCGUCUGUCCAUCCUCACUUCCAGACCAGCUCGCUGCAGCUCAACUCCCGCUCGCUCACCUUGAAACACAGCGGUCGCCAAGGCAACAAAUCCCAGCUGCCUGCCAUGUACGCCGAUGGUUUGGGUUCGUCCAGCCUGCUGGCCAAUCACAGCAGUAGCAGCAACAGCAGCCUCACCUAUGAUCACCUCGUCAACCCUGCCGACCCUCAGUUCAUGGCUCAGAGAGGGGCCCCUCCGGUCAGCUACCUCCCUCACUUCAUGGCCCUGGGCACAGAUGGGACAGCAGUGCAGCGGCCGCCUCCUCACACCUACAGCCCUGUGUUCAUGGGCGUGACCCGGCAGUCUCCUCAGCCUCGAGAAUCCUCACCUUCUUUGCAGGGCCUCACCUCAAGGGAUCCCUCGCCUUCGUUCCAAGGCUUCAUUCAAAGAGACUCAUCUCCUUCUUUUCAAGGGCUGAUGCCGAGAGACCUCGCGUCCCACAGCGUGGCGUCGCGAGACAUUCCCCCUCCAGGCGUGGUGCUGCGAGACAGCCUUCGAGACAGCCUGAGGGAUCUUGUUGCACAGGACGUGACGCUGCCGAAGUCUGCCGCCGCGCGCUACGACAACUUCUCCAAAACCAUCAUGGCUUCCCUUCACGAGAGACGGGAGCUGGAGGACAGGGAGAGGAUGCUCCGUCUUCAAGCCAGGUCCCAGGCGCUCUACGGCCCAGACAUGGGGAUCUACGACAUCCCCAGCAGGAGGAGUCUACCUCCUGAGAGCAUUCGACCUCCGGGCUCCCGCGGACCAACUCCCCCAGCCUACGGCUCCAGGGAGUUCCUCAUGAGUACAGGCAUUAUAGGUUACGGCAUGAGGACCUCGCCCCUCUCCAGCUCCUCUACGUCGUCGCUGACUCGUGGUCCGAAGACCUCCAGCUCUCCUCUGCAGAGCAGCAGCAGCAGCAGCCUUCAAAGCAAGGGCAGGUCAUCGUCCCCGGCCUACUGCCCUCCUGAGAGGCAGACACAAGCCCUCCCUUCUUCUACAUCCACCCUACCUCGUCUAUCCUCCUCCGCCACUUCCACCCCUCCGUACACGUCAUACGCCACCACAAAACGUUCCUCUCUCCCAUUCUCCUCCGAGGGGAAGGACUCUGUCACGCUGGGAGCCCUGAAAUAAAUAAAAAAAAAUCUGUGUUUCUGGUGGUGUGAAUGAAUCAUCUAUGCAGUGUUAGCCUCAGUCCUCACGGCGCUGUAAUCUUUUGUAAAUAGGAGGCCAUUUGGGACUUUCCUGCGUGGGAAAGUGUCUCUGUGGGAAAAAAAAAAAAUCCAAAUAUACAGCAAUGUAUAAACUCCAUUAUUUAUGCAAGGUCGUGGAAGUUUGAACAAAUUAAAAAAAAAAAGUCAAUCAAAUCUCAGGAUAGCCGUGCCUCCUCUCACAGACAGAGGGAGCUCUAAUAAGCUCAGUCAAAGCAGAAGAGCUAUGUAAAGAACAAAGAUUAACUUAUUCUCUGUUUGUUUGUGUUUUUAUAUUGCUUUUGUGAAACGGCGUGAUACCACAUCAUCUAAUUUAUCUCCUGUCGAGAAUAAACCCUCGUUUAAUAGAAUUUUGUAGUUGUUUAUAUGAAUAAACUUAUUUUGUAAUUUCCA